UAGAUGAAGAUAAAAAAUUAUCGUAACAUGGGCUGCGUCUUUGAAUCAGCGAGAGAGCAGCCCAAGCAAAGAACAACAAAACAAACGCAAAAUCAAUGCUCUCGCAUAACAUCAACAUUAGUAAGGAACAUAGAAAUCAAGGAUAACUAUCAACAAAGUCAUAAAACUCAAACAGCAACAGCAACAGCAACCGCCAAACAUCUAAAAGCAGCAGCUCAAGUGCUUUUAGCGGAACAACAGCAACAACAACAACAGUUUUUUCAAGUGGCGCAUGAUAACAAGGUCGCGUUGGCGACACGCGAAACAAUUCUAACAAUCAAUAUUCAGGCAUCGAGGCAGCCAAGCACUUUGCAAAUAAAUUGCUCCAACUGCUACAGCCGCAGCACAAAGAUUACAAAAAAUGAGCAGCGACGCUACCGACGCAUUCAUUGGUGCCAGCAUCAGGCGGCCAGAGGAUGUGGCAGCUGCACUAACAGAAGUAAGGACAUUGCUACAGGAGCGACUUUGGCUGGCAUUUCCAGCCAAGCGCAAGCUGACCUAGCGAGCCCCCUAGACGAGAAAGGCAAGGAUCGGCAGGAACAGCAUGAGAAGGAUGGGCGUAGAGAUGUAGAACAGCCAUUAGCUUAUCUUACGUGGCGUCUAGGCAAUGUCGCCAGCGCUGUCGUACCCAUCACCAUGUCAGCCGCAAUUCUAUCCACUCUGAGCACCACCUUAGCAGCCGGAUAUCAGUAUCUGGCGCAGCAUUAUAAGCAAUAUAGCCAAUCGUUCAGUUUCUAUGCGGCCUCCAGUGUUGUACUGAUGCUCUGCUAUCUGACGACCACAUCCAUGGCCGCUGCAACACAGUCGGAGACGGUUGCCAUGGACAAGCAUCCCAUCAUCGAUUGGUCAAAAUUCGACGAGUCUAGUUCGGAUAAGGAAAUUUUAGAUUUAUUACUUGAGAAGAAACGCUACGAUAAACGAUUACUGCCGCCUGUAAAUGAUGAAGACUUUUGCUGUGGCUUACAAUCGCCCGACAUGGCCACAAAUCAAAAUGCGCGGAGACCACAUAAUCGCGGCACCCUGACGGUUAAUGUUAAUGUAUUGCUUUUAAGCUUAGCAUCACCCGACGAGAGCAGUUUGAAAUAUGAAGUGGAAUUUCUGUUGAACCAGCAGUGGAGCGAUCCACGCUUGCAAUAUGGCAAUAAGUCCCACUACGAUUUCUUAAAUGCUUUGCAUCAUCAUGAUAGUAUCUGGACGCCCGACACAUAUUUCAUUAUGCAUGGCGAUUUCAAGGAUCCCAUCAUACCAAUGCAUUUCGCUUUAAGAAUAUUUCGAAACGGGACCAUUACGUACGCAAUGAGACGGCAUUUGAUAUUGUCUUGUCAGGGAAGUCUACAUAUAUUCCCAUUCGAUGAUCCAAAAUGCUCCUUCUCAAUGGAAAGCAUUUCCUAUGAGGAAGCACAAAUCAAAUAUGUCUGGAAGAAUGAUGAAGACACAUUACGCAAGAGCCCUUCGUUGACCACACUGAACGCAUAUUUAAUUAAAAAUCAAACAACGCCCUGUGAUCAAAAUAGUUGGAGAG